AGAAACAAAUGGGCCACAGACUAUUGUUAGUUUGGGUAAUUUCAUGGGAUUUAUUGACAGCCUUUUCCCUUAAAACUAGAUUUUAAGAUGGGGCCUCAAUAUUGGGUAAUAAGGCAGGUGUUAUGGCCCCUAUGGGCCCUAUUAUUUCAGUUCAUAAUGUGCUGAAGUAGUGCAUACAGUAUUAACAGACAUCUGCAAUUAAUGAAAUUACCCAAAAGGAGUCUGGGCGGAAAAUGUACAUCAGUGUUUGUUUUGAUCAUCUGGAAUAACUAAAAACUCAUUUAACAUGUUCACUCCACUGCACAAAUGUUAUACAGUCGCGUACCUUCGUGCGUAAAGUGGUUCGCUCCACUUGCAGCCUGUUGUCUAUAAGCUCCUGCAAAGCUCUUUAAGUCCCUCAGUUUUAUAUCUGACUCACAGCAAAGAUGAGCCACGGAGACCGCUACACCUCGUCAUCCUACCGGAAGAUUUUCGGGGAUUCUCCCAGGUUUUCCAUCUCCUCCUCCCGCAUGAGCAGCGCCUCUCCUCGGGGCUCCCCGGGGCUCCGGUCCAUGGCUGCGUCCCGCAACAGCGCGUCCGCCCUGAGCAUGUACAGACGGGUCGGCCGGCCCUCCGCCUCUUUCUCUCCGGUGCGCGCCGACUCCCUCGACUUGACCCAGACCUCCGUGGUCAACAAUGAAUUAAAAGUCAUUAGAACUAACGAGAAGGAGCAGCUGCAGGGUCUGAAUGACCGCUUCGCCAUGUUCAUUGAUAAAGUCCGGCACCUGGAGCAGCAGAAUAAAGUGCUGGAGAUAGAGCUGGUGGCACUGCGGCAGAAGCAGUCCGAGCCGUCCCGCAUCGCACACCUCUACCAGCAGGAGAUGAGGGACCUGCGGUCCCAGGUGGAGGAGCUGAGCAGGGACAAGAACCAUAUCCUGAUCGAGAGGAACAACAUGGAGGACGAGCUGCAGAAGCUCAGUGCGAAGUAUGAUGAGGAGGCGAGGGCACGGGAGGAAGCUGAGCAGACCUUGAGGUCCUUCAGGAAGGACGUGGAUGACGCCGCAGCCGUUCGCCUGGACCUGGAGCGCCGUGUGGAGUUGCUGAUGGACGAAAUCUCCUUCCUGAGGAAAGUGCACGAUGAGGAAAUCCAGGAGCUGAGCAGCAUGAUGGAGGCGCAGCAGGUCUCCGUGGAGCUCGAGCUCGCCAAGCCGGACCUCACCUCGGCUCUGAAGGAGAUCCGCAACCAGUACGAGUCCAUCGCCUCCAAAAACCUGCAGUCGGCCGAGGAGUGGUACAAGAGCAAGUUUGCCAGCCUCAGUGAGCAGGCCACCAGGAGCAACGAGGCCAUGAGGGCCAGCAGGGAGGAGAUCAAUGAGUUCAGGAGGCAGCUGCAGUCCAAGACCAUUGAGAUAGAGACCCUGAGGGGCGCCAAUGAGUCUCUGGAGAGGCAGAUCACAGAGAUGGAGGAUGCACACAACGCUGAAGUCACAGCUAUGCAGGACACUAUUGGCCACUUGGAUACUGAGCUGAGGAACAUGAAGGGUGAGAUGGCCCAGCACCUGAGAGAGUAUCAGGACCUGCUCAAUGUCAAGAUGGCCCUGGACAUAGAGAUAGCCGCCUACAGGAAACUGCUGGAGGGGGAGGAGACUCACUUUAACUCAGGGAUGUCGUUUGGUGCUGCCAGCUACAGCUACCAGGCUCGAGCCUCAGCCGGCGCCUCCAAGAGCAGCCAGAAGGAGAAAGAAGGGGCCACGAAGGAAAGCUUCAAGGAGAGCAGUGAGGAUAAAGAUGAGGCAGACAUUAACUCCAACAACUGA